AUGUCGAAGGCCAACAGAAAGGAAGUUUAUCUCACGAAGAAAGGAAGCCAUGUGUUCACUUCUCGCGCGUUCGUUUGCGUCCUCUCCCUUGCUGCCCUCGCCUGGGCCCAGGACAGGCCAGAGUGCCUGUGCGGCGCCUUCAUCAGCACGGUCAACGGCGAGUAUGAGGUCCACCGCCUCCCUCCCAUCGACACGAACGACUGCGAUGACGAAAAGCUGUGCGCCGUCCUGUGCGCUGCGGAGUGGGAUAAGUUCACAGCAAAUGGAGACCUGGAUCACGUGAUGGAAAACGGCGUGACGGUCGGCCAAGAGGCAUGUCGGGCCAUGGCGGCGCACGGACAUCCUAACCUUGGCCCUCACGACGUCUACGCCUACUACAACAUCUGCCACGGGCCCUGGAUCUUCGACGGCGAGACGAGUCAGCAGCCUCUCUGCUGCGUCGACGGCACCUACCCCGGCAACUGCGACUCCUUCACCCGACCUCCUCAGAAAUAAAGCGACCUGGUCGAUUUCUUUCGAAAUAUGUUAGUCAUUAAAGCAGAUUAACUG